GUGAUGUUGAAGCGCCCUGCCUCUUUGGGGCCGGGGAUCGGACUUGACUGAAUUUCAUUGCGGCAGAAAGUUGGCAGACGCUCUGCGGGUAGAGCAUGGGGUAUGCAUGACAGUGUAUUUGUGGGAAUGCACAACAUGCACCGCGGAGCCGGGGAUGUGGUCAUUGGCACUUGACGGACUGAUGGAACCCAAGUAAUCAGCUAUGGCCUUGAUGAUUCCCCCAGUGAAGUUAAAAUGGCUAGAGCAUCUCAACAGCUCUUGGAUCACAGAAGACAGUGAAUCUAUUGCCACCCGAGAAGGGGUUUCUGUUUUGUAUGCCAAGCUUAUUGCCAAUAAGGAGGUGGUAUUGCUGCCCCAACAGGUGCUUUGCCUAAAGGGACCUCAACUGCCAGACUUUGAACGCGAGUCCCUUUCUAGCGAUGAGCAAGAACAUUACUUGGAUGCUCUGCUUAGUAGCCAGCUGGCACUGGCGAAGAUGGUAUGCUCAGACUCCCCAUUUGCAUCUGCCCUCCGUAAGCGACUGCUGGUAUUGCAGCGCAUUUUUUAUGCACUUUCCAACAAAUACCAUGACAAGGGAAAAGUAAAGCAGCAGCAGCAUUCACCAGAGAAUAACUCUGGCUCCACUGAUAGCCACUCGGUUAGUGAACGGCCAAGGUCCAGCACAGAUGCACUAAUUGAAAUGGGUGUCAGGACUGGUCUUAGCUUACUGUUUGCCCUGUUACGGCAGAGUUGGCUGAUGCCUCCUCCUGCACCUGGACUUAGCUUGUGUAAUGAUGUCAUUCACACAGCUAUUGAUGUCAUAAGCUCUUUACCACCAUUAUCAUUAGCUAAUGAAAGCAAAAUUCCGCCUAUGGGUUUGGAUUGCUUGUCACAAGUGACAUCAUUCCUUAAAGGAGUAACUAUGCCUAAUUCAGGUGCUGAUAUAUUGGGACGACGGCUUGCUUCUGAACUUUUGCUUGGCUUGGCUGCACAAAGAGGUUCACUUCGAUACCUUCUUGAGUGGAUAGAAAUGGCCUUAGCUGCAGCAGCAGUAGUCAGCACAAUAACCCUUCAUAAUCAAGAGGGGUUAAUUGGCUAUGAUUACUUCAUGAAUGUAUUAAUGCAAAUGCGACGCUCAUUGGGUUCUUCAUCAGAUCGGAGUCAAUGGAGAGAGCCUACAAGAACACCAGAUGGCCUAUGUUCAUUGUAUGAAGCCGCUCUUUGCUUGUUUGAAGAGGUCUGUAGAAUGGCAUCUGAUUAUUCAAGAACUUGUGCCAGCCCAGAUAGCAUCCAGACUGGAGAUGCUCCUAUAGUGUCGGAAACAUGUGAAGUAUAUGUCUGGGGUAGCAAUAGCAGCCAUCAACUGGUAGAGGGUACUCAAGAGAAAAUACUACAGCCCAAACUUGCUCCAAGCUUUGCUGAUGCACAAACAAUUGAAGCUGGGCAAUAUUGUACUUUUGUGAUUUCAUCUGAUGGAUCUGUACGUGCAUGUGGAAAAGGAAGUUAUGGUAGACUUGGACUAGGAGAUUCUAAUAAUCAGUCUACUUUGAAAAAGUUAACUUUUGAGCCCCAUCGAGCAAUCAAAAAAGUUUCAUCUUCAAAAGGUUCAGAUGGACACACACUAGCAUACACCACAGAAGGAGAGGUUUUCAGUUGGGGUGAUGGUGACUAUGGAAAACUAGGGCAUGGUAACAGCUCAACACAGAAGUACCCCAAACUCAUCCAGGGACCGCUUCAGGGAAAGGUGGUUGUUUGUGUGUCUGCUGGGUAUAGGCACAGUGCUGCAGUCACCGAGGAUGGAGAAUUGUAUACCUGGGGUGAAGGAGAUUUUGGAAGACUAGGACAUGGUGACAGUAACAGUCGUAACAUUCCAACCUUAGUGAAGGAUAUUAGUAAUGUUGGAGAAGUGUCAUGUGGUAGCUCACAUACCAUAGCUUUAUCCAAAGAUGGGAGAACAGUGUGGUCUUUUGGGGGAGGAGACAAUGGAAAGUUAGGGCAUGGUGAUACAAACAGAGUGUACAAACCCAAGGUUAUUGAAGCCUUACAAGGAAUGUUUAUACGAAAAGUAUGUGCUGGAAGCCAGUCAUCACUUGCACUGACUUCAACAGGCCAGGUUUAUGCUUGGGGCUGUGGUGCUUGUCUUGGAUGUGGCUCUUCUGAGGCCACUGCGUUAAGACCCAAACUUGCUGAGGAACUGGCAAUGACAAGAGUGGUUGAUAUAUCAAUUGGUGACAGUCACUGUUUGGCCUUAUCACAUGACAAUGAAGUUUAUGCCUGGGGAAAUAAUUCUAUGGGCCAGUGUGGCCAAGGAAAUUCUACUGGCCCAAUAACAAAACCUAAGAAAGUAAUUGGUUUGGAUGGAGUAGCUAUACAGCAGAUUUCUGCUGGAACCUCACAUAGUUUAGCCUGGACAGCUUUACCUAGGGACAGGCAAGUUGUGGCCUGGCAUCGACCAUAUUGUGUUGAUUUAGAAGAGAGCACAUUCUCACAUUUGCGUUCCUUCCUUGAGAGAUACUGUGAUGGAAUCAAUAAUGAUGUUCCUCCUCUUCCAUUCCCUUCAUCAAGAGAGCACCAUCAUUUUCUCAAGCUGUGUCUUAAAUUACUGUCUAAUCACCUUGCUUUAGCACUGGCUGGUGGUGUCGCCACCAGCAUACUUGGCAGACAGGCAAGACCUUUAAGAAAUCUUCUGUUUCGACUGAUGGAUUCUUCAGUACCUGAUGAAAUUCAAGAGGCUGUUAUAGAGACAUUGUCUGUAGGUGCCACCAUGUUGCUACCUCCUCUUAGAGAAAGAAUGGAGCUGCUGCAUUCACUUCUGCCUCAGGGUCCUGAUCGAUGGGAGAGUUUAUCAAAAGGACAGAGGAUGCAGUUGGACAUAAUUUUGACAAGCUUGCAGGACCAUACCCAUGUAGCAUCUUUAUUGGGAUACAGUUCUCCUCCUGAUGCUCCUGAGUCUUCCUCUUGCAGUUUUGGUUUUGGAUUGUCUUUGGAAUCGUCCAACAGUUCUCCAGGCAGUCAUCCAGACACUCAUUUGGCAGAAAUUCUCAUGAAGACACUUCUAAGGAAUUUAGGAUUUUAUACAGACCAAGCAUUUGGAGAGUUGGAGAAGAACAGUGACAAGCUACUUCAGGGUACGUCUUCCUCAGAAAACAGCCAGCCUGCUCACCUUCAUGAACUAUUGUGCUCCCUGCAGAAGCAAUUGUUGGCAUAUUGUCAUAUUAACAGUAUCAGUGAAAACUCUAGCAGUGUAGCAUUGUUGCACAAGCAUCUACAGCUACUUCUGCCUCAUGCCACGGACAUCUUUUCACGAUCAGCAACCCUACUUAAAGAGAGCUCCUGGAAUGGAAGUUUAAGAGAGAAAUUGCGAGAUGUGAUCUAUGUGUCUGCAGCAGGGAGCAUGCUGUGUCAGAUUGUUAGCUCUCUGCUCCUGCUCCCUGUGUCAGUAGCACGGCCAUUACUCUGUUUUCUCCUGGACUUGCUCCCACCACUGGAUCGUUUGAACAGACUAUUGCCAGCUGCAACUCUGCUGGAGGAUCAGGAGCUACAGUGGCCUCUGCAUGGAACUUCUGACUUUGUUGAUCAAACUGGUGCUCCUCUUCCUCAGCCUGCACAGUUGUGGGUGUGGCUUGUUGAUCUGGAAAGAACUGUUGCUCUGCUUGUGGGCCGUUGCUUAGGUGGAAUGCUACAGGGACCUCCAACAUCCCCAGAAGAACAAGACACAGGCUAUUGGCUCAAAACACCUCUCUUCAGUAAUGGACUUGAGAUGGAUAUUCCACAGCUAGAUAAAUGUAUAAGUUCUUUAUUAGAAGUAGCUCUUUCUGGGAAUGAAGAACAAAAGCCAUUUGAAUGCCUCAUUCGUCCUGAACUUACUCUUCUUGUUGAACUUGCUUUGGGAUCUGGCAAAGAGCCAUCAAACAAUCCAUGGAUGAAUAUGCAAGAUUAUGCUGUUACUAAAGACUGGGAUAAUGCAACUCUAGGCAAUGAGUCACUUUUGGAUACAGUUUCCAGAUUUGUUCUUGCUGCCUUGCUAAAACAUACUGGCUUGUUGAAUGAAGCCUGUGGUGAGGGCAGGUACCAGCCCAGUAAAACCUUAGCAGAAGUUUAUCGCUGUGUUUAUAAAGUACGUAAUCGUUUGCUGGCUUGUAAAAAUAUGGAGCUCAUUCAAACAAGAUCAUCAUCAAGAGAAAGACGUAUGUCAGAAAAUCACGAUUCGUUAGAGAUUGAUCCCCAGGAGCACUCUUUUACUCGUACUAUUGAUGAGGAGGCUGAACUGGAAGAACAAGCGGAUAGAGAGAGGGAGGAAAGUCAUCAAGAUCAGGAUGAUGAAGAUGACAGAGACCAUGAGGUUAUGACUGCUGGUAAAAUCUUCCAGUGUUUUCUAUCAGCCCGAGAAGUUGCCCGCAGUCGUGAACGAGAGUGCAUCGGUAUCAAUAAUGGUACUGUGAAUGGAGCAGGUCCACGAGAAGAGAGUGAUCCCUCACAGUCUCAGGAGUCCAGACGAGUUGUUUCAGGCCUUCCUGAGGGACAGGACCUCUACACAGCAGCCUGCAACUCUGUUAUUCACAGAUGUGCCCUCAUUAUUCUAGGAGUGAGUCGAGUAUUGGAAGAUGUACAUAAACAGCAAGAUGAGGGACAGAUGCAGCCAACAAUUUCUGCAACUCAAGAGGGGGUUGCUUAUAUGACAAGAAGUGAAAGCCUGACUGCAGAAAGACGUUCUGUACAGGCGAGCCCUGGCUAUCGGCUGAUUAAGUCAAGAAGUGAGUCUGAUCUUUCACAGCCAGAAUCUGAUGAAGAAGGAUACACACUGAGUGCAAGAAGAAAUGUUGAUUUAGAUUUGGCUUCAUCUCGUAAAAAAAGGGUGUAUUUACUCCUUUUUGGCCAGUUGAGCUCGAGAAACAAGAAGAGCUACAAGCAAGUACAUGAUGGUCUGCAGCAAAACUCCCCAGAUACCCUGGCUGACUCUUGGUCUCGAAUGAAGCAUAGCAGAGAUCGCUUGUACUCUCUGUUCCAUUCUUACCAUGAGUCUGACUUUAACCUGAGCAGGACGUUGGGCGUUCACAGCUUAAUGGAAAAUAUCAUCAGUUUUGUGAGUGGAGAUGUGGGCAGCACAUCUGCCUUUAAAGGGCCGGAGGAAAGCAUGUCUACUUGUCCUCAAGGAAUUAUGACAGCAAUGGAGCAGCAGCAGAACAGAGCUGAGCUCCGUCUUGAAGCUCUUCACCAAAUUUUGGUUCUGCUUUCUGGUAUGGAAGAGAAAGGCUGCCAGACAGCAGGAAGCAGCCGCCAAGCAGCCAUGUUCCAGUCAUCUUCUCUACUUACCUCUGUGCGACUACAGUUCUUAGCUGGUUGUUUUGGCCUUGGAACAGUGGGGAAUGGCGGGGUCAAAGGAGAAAGUGUGCAGCUUCAUCAUUAUCAGGAUGGCAUCAGAACAGCAAGACAGAACAUUCAGAAAGAUAUACAGACUGCUGUCCAUAAAAUUUAUCAGCAGCUUUCUACAACCUUGGAGAGAGCAUUGUUAGCCAACAAGCAUCAUAUUGAAGCUCAGCAGCGUCUUCUUUUGGUAACAGUGUUUGCAUUAAGUGUACGCUACCAACCUGUGGAUGUUUCUUUGGCCAUCUCCAGUGGGUUGUUGAAUGUGCUGUCUCAAUUAUGUGGCACUGACACCAUGUUAGGACAGCCUAUACAGUUGUUGCAGAAACCAGGCAUCUCUCAGCUGGGCACAGCCCUGAAGGUGGCCAGUACAAGACUUCUUCAGAUCUUGGCCAUCACAACAGGAACGUAUGCUGAUAAGUUAAGUCCUAAAGUGGUACAAUCAUUACUGGAUUUGCUCUGUAGUCAGCUGAAGAACCUCCUCUCCCAGACUGGCGUUACACUUGUGUCAUCAUUUAGAGAGGAUGAAGAAAAAAGAAGUGAGGACCUUGGAGAAGGAGAAAAAAGAGAUUUGCGAGCACUGUUACGUAAACAACACAGUGCAGAAUUGCAUCUGGGAGAUUUUCUUGUAUUUCUACGGCGGGUUGUAUCUUCAAAAGCAAUACAGUCCAAGAUGGCGUCACCCAAAUGGACUGAAGUUUUAAUGAGUAUAGCUGCACAGAAAUGUUGCUCAGGUGUUCCAUUAGUUGGGAACUUAAGAACAAGACUCCUAGCACUUCAUGUACUGGAGGCAGUGCUCCCUGCUUGUGAGAACAGUGUUGAAGAUGACCAGAUGACACAGGUUGUUGAGCAUUUGUUUUUGUUGCUCUCAGACUGUAUGUGGGAGGCACCCAUUGCUCAGGCCAAGCAUAUACUUAAUGUGAAGCAGAAAGAGCAUGAAGUAAAAGUACAGGGAGAGAUAGAGGAGGAGGAUGACAAUCUUCCCAUACAAGAGGUGUCAUUUGACCCAGAAAAGGCACAAUGCUGUGUGGUGGAGAAUGGCCAGGUUCUAACUCAUGGAAGUGGAGGAAAGGGAUAUGGCUUAGCGUCUACUGGAAUCAUGUCUGGAUGUUAUCAGUGGAAGUUCUACAUUGUUAAGGAAAAUCGGGGUAAUGAAGGAACCUGUGUUGGAGUGUCUCGCUGGCCUGUUCAUGACUUUAACCACAGAACCACAACAGACAUGUGGAUAUAUCGUGCAUAUAGUGGUAAUCUUUACCACAAUGGAGAACAAACACUGACAUUGUCAAGCUUCACUCAAGGUGAUUACAUCACCUGUGUUUUAGAUAUGGAAGCAAGAACUAUUUCAUUUGGGAAAAAUGGAGAGGAGCCAAAGUUGGCCUUUGAAGAUGUGGAUGCCACUGAGCUGUAUCCUUGCGUAAUGUUUUAUAGCAGUAACCCAGGUGAAAAGGUUAAAAUUUGUGACAUGCAAAUGCGUGGCACCCCACGGGACUUGCUACCUGGAGACCCCAUUUGCAGCCCAGUUGCUGCAGUCCUUGCUGAAGCUGCCAUUCAGCUUGUUCGCAUUCUUCAUCGUACUGACAGAUGGACUCACUGCAUCAACAGAAAUAUGAUGGAACGGCUGCAGAAAAUUAAAACCUGCCUUAGGGAAGGGUGUGAAAAACUAAAAAAAAGUCGCUCGGUUCAAAGUAGAGAUGAGCAUGAUGUUAAGGAUGAAUUCAAAGAAGAUGAAAAGGGAAAACAUGGAAAGCAUGGGCUGGCAGAUCUGUCUGAGUCACAGUUAAAAAUGCUUUGCACAGAAGUUUGGCCGGUGCUGGCAGUAAUUGGUGGUGUUGAUGCUGGCCUUAGAGUUGGUGGCCGAUGCAUUCAUAAGCAGACUGGUCGCCAUGCCACACUCUUGGGUGUUGUGAAAGAAGGGAGCACUUCUGCUAAAGUUCAAUGGGAUGAAACAGAGAUAACAAUCAGCUUCCCAACUUUUUGGUCGCCUAGUGACACUCCACUGUACAAUCUGGAGCCUUGUGAGCCGCUGCCCUUUGAUGUAUCAAGGUUUCGUGGUUUGACGGCCUCUCUGCUGAUGGACCUUACCUACCUGACUGGUAUCCAUGAAGACUCAGGAAAGCUGAGCACUAGACGCCAUGAAAAGAAACACAGACAUGAAUCUGAAGAAAAAGGUGAAAUUGAUCAAAAAACAGAUGGCGGAGAUUUCCAAAAGGAAGUGAUAGAUAUUAGGAUUUCCCAAAGUUUAGAUGAGGUCAGAGCUCACGUGACAGCCAACUCCAAGUCUGAAAAUGAAAUAUCUUCAUUUUCGUUAGAUCCUCAACUUGCAUUAGAAUCUCAACCUCAGCAAGUGGAUGGGAAAAAGAAAGUUCAUGAGCAUGCAGUAAGAGCUCACGAUGUGAUACAGUCAGAAAUUCGAGCCAUCCAGCUCUCCUAUCUCUAUCUUGGUGCUAUGAAAUCCCUGAGUGCAUUGUUGAGUUGUAGCAAGUAUGCUGAACUUCUCCUGAUUCCUAAAGUUCUCACUGAAAAUGGACAUAACUCGGACUGUGCAAGUUCUCCUGUAAUCCAAGAGGAAGCUGAAAUGAGAGCUGCUCUCCAGUUUUUAAUGCGACAUAUGGUAAAAAGAGCAGUCAUGCGCUCACCUAUCAAAAGGGCCUUGGGACUUGCAGACCUUGAACGUGCCCAAGCCAUGAUUUACAAGCUUGUUGUCAACAGUCUUUUGGAGGAUCAGUUUGGUGGAAAAAUAAAGCUAGAUGUGAAACCCGAGUCAGAAGAAGUCGAUGGCUCCCAGCAAGCACAGACUCCUGUAACCACAAGCCCAUCAGCUUCAAGCACAACAUCGUUUAUGAGUAGUUCCCUAGAAGACACAACCACAGCAACUACCCCAGUUACUGACACAGAAACUGUUCCAGCAUCCGAGUCUCCUUGUGUCAUGCCUCUUAGUUUACUCAGGCAAAUGUUCUCUAGCUAUCCAACAACCACUGUGUUACCAACACGUCGUGCACAAACCCCGCCUGUUUCAUCAUUACCAACAUCUCCAUCAGAUGAAAUUGGACGAAGACAAAGCUUGACAUCUCCUGACUCACAGCCUGCCAGACCAGCUAAUCGCACAGCAUUGUCAGAUCCAAGUAGCAGGCUGUCUACAUCUCCUCCCCCACCUGCCAUUGCUGUUCCAUUGCUGGAAAUGGGAUUCUCUCUCCGUCAAAUAACAAAAGCAAUGGAAGCUACAGGGACUAGAGGAGAAGCAGAUGCUCAGAACAUCACAGUCCUAGCUAUGUGGAUGAUAGAGCACCCAGGCACAGAAGAAGAUGAAGGAUCUCAGUUGAGUGGAACCACAGAUCAAUGCCCAGGAACAUCUGCAUCAGCAAAUGGAGGAAAAUCCUACUUAAACUCCUCUGGCGAAAUACCUGCUGCAGAUGCAACAGAAAUGGAGGAUGGAUUUAGUGAAGGACCUGAUGGAAUUGAACAUGGGGAAAGCUCAUCUUCUAAUGCAGGUACCGCAUCGAGAAGUCGAUCUUUCACUAGAAAGCAGAGGUUUGAUUUAGCAGCAAGGACUUUACUGGCACGAGCAGCUGGACUAUAUCGUUCUGUUCAGGCUCACCGAAAUCAGAGUCGCAGAGAAGGAAUAUCACUUCAGCAAGAAACUGGAGAUCUCUAUGAUUUUAGUUUGGAUGAAGAGUUAGAGAUUGACCUAGAUGAUGAAGCUAUGGAAGCAAUGUUUGGCCAGGAGCUGGCUAGUGACAGCGACAUUCUGGGAAUGUGUAUCCCGGAGGUACUAGACUGGCCAACCUGGCAUGUUUGUGAAUCCGAAGAUAGGGAUGAAGUUGUCAUCUGUGAACUCUGUGAAACAAGUGUUGCUAGCUUCAAUCAGCACAUGAAGAAAAAUCAUCCAGGGUGUGGUCGUAGUGCAAACCGUCAGGGCUACCGUAGCAAUGGAUCCUAUGUUGAUGGUUGGUUUGGAGGAGAAUGUGGAAGUGGAAAUCCUUACUAUCUGCUAUGUGGCAGCUGCAGAGAGAAAUACCUUUCUUUAAAGAGCAAAAUGAAGGUACCAGUCCUCGAGAGAUACAAAGGACAGGCUCCUGAUCUCUUAGGGAAGCAAGACAGUGUCUAUGAAGAAGACUGGGAUAUGUUGGAUGUUGAUGAGGAUGAGAAACUAACAGGAGAGGAGGAGUUUGAAUUGUUGGCAGGACCUCUUGGUUUAACUGAACGGCAAAUUGUACCUGAAGCAGUGCAAUUCCCAGACAGUGACCCACUUGGUGCUACAGUUGCCAUGGUCACUGCAACCAAUAGCAUGGAAGAAACCCUUUUACAAAUAGGUUGCCAUGGCUCUGUGGAGAAGAGUUCCUCUGGGAGAAUCACACUUGGUGAGCAGGCAGCAGCUUUGCUUAAUCCACAUGAUCGAGUUAUGGCCCUCCGCAGAGUGACUGCAGCUGCCCAGGUGCUCCUGGCAAGAACGAUGGUUAUGCGAGCACUCUCCCUUUUAUCUGUGAGUGGUUCCAGCUGCAGUCUAGCAGCUGGUCUUGAGUCCCUUGGCUUGACUGACAUUCGAACUUUGGUCCGGCUCAUGUGCCUUGCUGCUGCUGGUCGAGCAGGUCUUUCUACAAGCCCUACUGCUGUCUGCAAUUCCCUUGAGCGUCCCCGUGGUGGCUCUAAAGGCAACAAACCAAUUUCAUGUUUGGCGUACCUGAGCACAGCUGUUGGUUGUUUAGCUUCAAAUAGUCCAAGUGCUGCCAAGCUACUUGUACAACUAUGCACUCAGAAUUUAAUAUCGGCAGCAACAGGAAUGAACUUAACCACAGUGGAUGAUCCUAUGCAGAGGAAAUUUCUUCCCAGCUUCUUGAGAGGAGCAGCUGAAGAAAAUAAACUGGUGACUUCACCAAACUUUGUUGUUACCCAAGCUUUAGUUGCCUUACUUGCUGACAAGGGUGCCAAGCUGAGGCCGAACUAUGACAAGACGGACACAGACAAGAGAGCAGGUUUAAUUGCGCAUUUGUAUGCCCAUCCUUCCUAUAAUCCUUCCGCUGUAGGCCCGCUGGAAUUGGCGAAUGCACUUGCAGCCUGCUGUCUCUCAUCAAGGCUGUCAUCACAGCACAGGCAAUGGGCUGCUCAGCAGCUGGUGCGAACUCUAGCAGCACAUGAUCGUGACAACCAGAGCCGGCCUCAGACCUUUGCUGAUAUGGCAGGAGACCUGCGCAAAUGUCCUUGUGUUAAACUUGAAGCACAUCAAGGCAGGGUGCUGGCAUGUGGCUGGAGCAGUAAAAAAGGACUCUUGGUGACCAGUGGCACAGACGGAACAGUCAGAGUUUGGAAUGUAACCAAGAACCAGUAUACUCUGCAACAGACUUGCAUCUUUAAUAAAUUAGAUGAUACAUCUGAAGAGAAUCUUGCUGACCUUGGUUCCCCUACUGACAGCAUCCUGCCUUCCGUUUACUGGAGUGUUAGUGGGAAAUACAUUGCAACAGCAAUAGAGAAAAUUGUCAACAUCUGGCAAGUAAAUGGAGGAAAGGGCCUAGUGGAUAUUCAGCCACAUUGGGUGUCAGCUUUGGCAUGGCCUGAAGAUGGACCUGUAGCAAGCUGGGCUGGAGAUACAUUAGAAGUUUUAUUGGUGGGUCGUAUGGAUGGUUCUCUUGGCCUUAUUGAAGUGGUUGAUUCAUGCACAAUGCACCGGCUGGAGCUUCAGCAUUGCUAUAGAAAAGAAGUUGCUGUCACAGGCAUUGCUUGGUACAGCGAAGAUCAGCCAUUUGCAGUCGGGUAUGCUGAUGGAAAGCUUUUGAUUGGAGCCAAAGAACCAUUAGACAAAGGAGCAAUAGUAGUUAUUGAUGCACACAAGGAAUCUAUUACCAGUUUGAAAUGGGACCCUAAUGGGAAAAACCUGCUCACGUGUGCAAAAGAGGAGAUGGUAAAGUUAUGGGCAUAUGCUGAAGACAGGUGGCAGUGCCUUCAUGUUCUUUCUCACCCAGCUGUAGUCAAUGGCAUUAGCUGGUGUGGCCUGCAAGGAAAAAGCUUCAAACCAAGAGCCAUGCUAGCUACAUGUUGCCAGAAUGGGUUGGUUUGUGUCUGGACCAUUCCUCAAGAUCUUUUAAGCAUUUCAGAAUCGGCAUCAUGUAGUUCAGAUGGAUGGUGGGAACUUGAGUCGAAAACCAAACCAAAGGACUGCUGCAGAAAAUCAAAUGAAGCUACUUGUGUUCUUCAGCUUAAGGGCCAUAUAACACCUGUGCGAACUGUUGCUUUCAGUCCAGAUGGCCUUGCUCUAGUUUCUGGAGGAGUUGGUGGGCUGAUGAAUGUCUGGUCGUUGAGGGAUGGAUCAGUUCUGCAGACAGUUGUCACUGGGUCAGGUGCAAUUCAGAACCUCACAUGGAUACCUGAAGUAGGAGUUGCUGUUUGUUCUAACAGGUCAAAGGACAUACUGGUUGUGAACUGCUCCAGUGAAUUUCUUUCUACCAAUCACAUUUUGGCUACUUGCCGAACUGCUCUAAAAAAGCAGGGAGUUAUUGGGCUGAACCUUGCACCUUGUAUGAGAGCAUUCCUUGAACGACUGCCACUUAUGCUACAGGAGCAGUAUGCAUAUGAAAAGCCACAUGUAGUUUGUGGAGACCAGCUUGUUCAUAGUCCAUAUAUGCAGUGUCUGGCGUCACUGGCAGUUGGUCUACACCUGGAUCAGCUGUUGUGUAACCCACCUGUACCACCUCACCACCUUAACUGCCCUUCAGAGUCAUCUGCUUGGAACCCUAAUGAGUGGGCCUGGCUGGACUGCUUUUCCACCACAGUAAAGGCAGCAGAGGCCUUGGCAAAAGGAGCUCGCUUUCCUGAAGCCUUUACAGUUCCAGACCUAGAGCCUGUGCCAGAGGAAGAACUUACACUUCUGAUGGACAACAGCAAAUGGAUGGGUGGAAUGGAUGAGCAGAUAAUGUCAUGGGCAACAUCAAGGCCAGAAGACUGGCAUCUUGGAGGCAAGUGUGAUGUCUAUUUAUGGGGAGCUGGACGACAUGGGCAGCUUGCAGAAGCUGGAAGAAAUAUUCUAGUGCCAACUUUAACGCCAUCAUUUUCUCAGGCUCAACAAGUUGUCUGUGGUCAGAAUUGUACAUUUGUGAUCCAGGCUAAUGGAACUGUUCUUGCUUGUGGAGAAGGCAGCUAUGGGAGACUUGGGCAAGGAAACUCAGAUGAUCUGCAUGUCUUGACUGUGAUUUCAGCAUUGCAAGGUUUUGUCGUAACACAGCUAAUCACAUCUUGUGGAUCUGAUGGACACUCAAUGGCACUUACUGAGAGCGGAGAGGUCUUCAGCUGGGGUGAUGGAGAUUAUGGAAAGCUGGGCCAUGGAAAUAGUGACAGACAGAGACGCCCUAGACAAAUUGAAGCACUUCAGGGUGAGGAAGUGGUACAGAUGUCAUGUGGCUUUAAACAUUCAGCUGUGGUUACUGCAGAUGGUAAGCUGUUUACGUUUGGAAAUGGUGACUAUGGACGCCUGGGCCUUGGAAAUACAUCUAAUAAGAAGCUGCCAGAGCGAGUGGUGGCACUAGAGGGCUAUCAGGUGGGGCAGGUUUCUUGUGGCCUGAACCAUACACUUGCUGUUUCAUCAGAUGGAAUGAUGGUUUGGGCUUUUGGGGAUGGAGAUUAUGGAAAGCUGGGUUUAGGAAAUUCAACAGCAAAGUCAUCUCCUCAGAAAGUGGAUGUCCUCUGUGGUAUUGGCAUCAAAAAAGUGUCCUGUGGAACACAGUUUUCUGUUGCUUUAACAAAAGAUGGACAUGUUUAUACAUUUGGACAAGACCGUCUGAUUGGUUUACCAGAGGGCAGAGCACGGAACCACAAUAGACCACAGCAAGUGCCAGCCCUGUCUGGAAUCUUCAUCAAGGACAUUGCUGUGGGGGCAGAACACACUCUUGCACUCUCUUCUGCUGGAGAUGUUUAUGCCUGGGGUAGCAACUCAGAAGGGCAGCUUGGUCUUGGUCAUACAAAUCAUGUACGAGAGCCAACUCUUCUGACAUCCCUGCAAGGAAAGAACAUAAAUCAGAUCUCUGCUGGUCGGUGUCACAGUGCAGCCUGGACAGCACCCCCUGUGCCACCACGUGCACCAGGAGCAUCAGUACCAUUACAGCUUGGCCUGCCAGUUUCUGUCCCUCCUCAAUACAGCGCUCUCAAGGAGGUGAGCAUGGAGACUGUGCGUGCUAGGCUGCGCCUACUGUACCACUUCUCUGACCUCAUGUAUUCUUCCUGGAGGUUACUCAAUCUGAGUCCCAACAACCAGAGCUCAACAUCACGAUAUAAUGCUGGAACUUGGGGAAUUGUCCAGGGUCAACUAAGACCCAUUUUAGCACCCCGGGUGUACACUCUUCCAAUGGUUCGCUCCAUUGGCAAGACAAUGGUGCAGGGCAAAAACUAUGGCCCUCAAAUUACAGUGAAGAGAAUAUCAACUAGGGGCCGGAAGUGCAAGCCGAUUUUUGUUCAGAUAGCCAGGCAAGUAGUGAAGCUCAAUGCCUCAGACCUACGACUGCCAUCUCGUGCCUGGAAAGUUAAGCUAGUAGGUGAAGGAGCUGAUGAUGCGGGAGGUGUUUUUGAUGACACCAUCACUGAAAUGUGCCAGGAACUGGAGACUGGUGUGGUAGAGCUGCUUAUUCCAUCUCCAAAUGCCACAGCAGAAGUUGGCUACAACAGAGACAGAUUUUUGUUCAACCCCUCAGCCUGCAGUGAUGACCAUCUUAUGCAGUUUAAAUUUCUGGGUAUAUUGAUGGGUGUUGCAAUUCGAACCAAAAAGCCUUUGGACCUGCACCUUGCUCCAAUGGUCUGGAAGCAGCUGUGCUGUAUUCCUCUGACACUGGAAGACCUAGAGGAGGUCGACUUGCUUUAUGUUCAAACUCUGAAUAGCAUUCUUCAUAUUGAAGACAGUGGAAUAACUGAGGACAGCUUCCAUGAGAUGAUUCCUUUGGAUUCUUUUGUGGGACAAAGUGCAGAUGGUAAAAUGGUGCCGAUAAUUCCUGGUGGUAACAGCAUCCCACUGACUUUCAGCAACAGAAAGGAGUAUGUUGACCGGGCUAUAGAAUACAGGCUUCAUGAAAUGGAUCGUCAAGUGGCUGCGGUACGUGAAGGGAUGUCCUGGAUCAUUCCAGUGCCUCUCCUUUCUCUUCUCACUGCAAAGCAACUAGAACAGAUGGUAUGUGGAAUGCCUGAAAUUUCUGUGGAAGUGCUGAAGAAAGUGGUGCGCUACCGGGAGGUUGAUGAACACCACCAGCUGGUCCUGUGGUUCUGGCAGACUCUUGAGGAAUUCUCCAAUGAGGAGCGAGUGCUCUUCAUGCGAUUUGUCUCAGGGAGGUCUCGACUGCCUGCCAACACUGCAGAUAUAUCCCAGAGGUUUCAGAUUAUGAAGGUUGACAGGCCAUAUGACAGCUUGCCUACCUCACAGACUUGCUUCUUUCAGUUAAGGCUUCCUCCAUACUCCACUCAACCCAUAAUGGCGGAGAGACUUCGCUACGCAAUCAAUAACUGCAGAUCUAUCGACAUGGACAACUAUAUGCUUUCUCGAAAUGUAGACAAUGCUGAGGGCUCUGAUACAGACUACUGAAGUAUGUGAACAAAAUUAUUUGAAUCAUAUUUCCAUUUUGAACGCAGGAAUAAUUGAGAUUGGUGACACACAUCUUCUUCAGGACAGGACUGGCCACAUUUUUAAUUAUCCUGUGUAUCUUCAGAUGUAGCCAAUUAGAUGUUUUUAAUUUCACUUUGUGCUUUAUUAGCAGUUAAACAAUCAAGCAGCCGUACAAAAGGUAAACGUUUUCCAUCUGUUCACACUUUCUGUUCACAUUUUAAGUUUGCAUGGAGAUAUGGUUCAACAAAGCAGCCCAAUACAUAAUAUGCAGAAAUGUACAUUGUGUACAUUUGUUUAUUAGGGAAUACAGUUUUACAUAAAUAUUCAUAUUUAUUUUGUUUUAUUUUGACUUGCCUGUGCUAAGUUUACUAAAGGAGAGAAAAUAUCAAUAAAUGGGUAAAUACCUCUGA